CUAUAAUGGAGGUCAAGAAAAAAGAAAUAAACAACUCAGAAAAGAAGAUCAUGCUUAAGGGGCGAAAGAAAAAGAAAGGCUCAUCUUCAGAGAGAGAUGUGAAUACUACAUCUUCCUCUGAAAGGAAGAGUAUCGUUACGAGUGUGACCUUGGAUGGGGCUUUUGAUUAUGUGAAGGGAAAUGGCACAGCUCCUCUGUUCUUUGGUAUAUUUUUUGCUGUUUCAUGCGGUUUGAAUGCACUCAGUCUUUACCAGAUACCGUUUAUGACAAAGAUGCCAGACUUUGAAUGAAGAAAUAGCAGUAGUGCUAACUGGGAAGCAUGAACGGUCGAAACUGUCUGUGCAAAUACUCAAGAAGGCUUUGAAACAAGGUAUGACUGGAGCUCCGAAACCACUAUCGAUAAUUGGAUCACACGAUUAGGGCUUGAAUGCGUUGAUAGUUCCAAGAUUGGAAUCAUUGGCUCCUUAUUCUUUCUCGGAUUUGUACUUGGAGCAGGAUUUUUAUUAAGAUUAGCUGAUAUCAAAGGGAGGAAACCAAUUUUGAUGGCCUCACUAAUAGUAAGUUUAUUCUUCGGAGUGGGAUAUCUAUUCGUUCAAAAUAUUUACCAUAUUUACAUUCUCACGUUCAUUAACGGAAUUGUGGGGUCAGUUCGGAUAUCUUGCUCAUACAUGUACGAGAUGGAAAUGAUACCUGAGAGCAUGAAGAAGAACAUUAACUUGCUGUCUGGCACUAUGGAUUCUUUAUGUGUUAUCUUUAUUGCCUUCUUCUACUAUUGAACGAGGUAUGGGAACGGGAUUCUGCAGAUAUACAUUGUGUUUACUGUGAUUGUGUUGGUGAUUAUGACUCAGAUCCCGGAGACCCCAAGAUUUCUGUAUUCCACUAAACAGUGGGAUAGAUUGCACAAGUGAUUUGACUUGUUUGCUAAGAUGAACAGAGGGAAUGCUCUGACUGUCAAAUUUGAUCAGGAGGAUCAUGAAGUUGAAGAUGAAAAUGGGAAAAUCCGGCCUCCUCUUUGUGAAGACAGACGGAGAGUGAUUAAUCUAAUAGCUAUGGUGUUUAACUGGUGAGUUUGUAGCUUUAGUUUUUAUGUGCUUGGGUUCUUUGUAAAAUAUUUCAAAGGGAAUAUGUACACUAACGCAUGAAUUAUGGGAAUUGCCGAUGUUUUGGCAAAUGUAACUUUGAGAGCUGCUCAGCAAUGUUUAUCCACAAAGAAAGGAUUUGUAAUAUCUUUUUCUUGGGUGUUCUUAUUUACUAUUAUCUAUUUCUUUAUCCAAGAUGAAGUCUCCUUAGUGCCGAUAAUAGUUCUUUGAAUGAGAUUUGGAGUAACGUUUGCUUUCAGUAGCUCAUAUUUCGGUAAUCAAGAAUACUUUGAGUCACAUUACUUAUCAACAGUUUUCGGAAUCUGAAACGUUUUUGCCAGAUCUUCAACAAUAUUUGCUCCUAUCGUAGUUGAAAUGAUACCUCAACCAAUCGUAUUGAUAACAAUCUUCACAUUGGCUUCAGCUAUCACAUCAACUGUUCUGAAGAGACAAACCGAAGGAAGCUUUCAAACUUCUGGCAAAAAGGGAAAUAUUCCUUUUGUGGAAGGCUCAGCAGUGGAGGGGAGAGAUGUGGAUUCGGGAUUAGAGCAGAGGGAAGUUGAAGGGAUUGAUGAAGUUAGGAAAGAGGUGUUUUUGUUGGAGGAUGACGAUGAGGAGGAUCAGAGUAACAAUGCAGGAAAGUAAUGUUGUAUAUGAAUGAUGGUUUA